GAUCUCAUCAGAAACACAGUCACUUUUGUUUUAAUUAUUACAUUUGGUGCAUAAUUAAUUUAAACCAUUAUUAAACGUUUAACAACCAUGAUUAAGACAUUCUCUUUAUCUGUCCUCUUUUUAGGUCUCAUCUGUUCUUCCCUAGCUUCUCAUGUUCCCGAAGAUGACGAACAAGAUCCAAAUGAGUUUGUCGACUCCAUUCUGACCAUUGCUGUUAAAAAGAUACAUGAACAAGGUGCCAUCAGUAUUCCUGGUAAACAUAAAGUAGGACCAUUUGGACUAUUAACCAUUCAAGAUGUGGCUAUCCUUGGCAUUCAAAAUAUCUCGAGACGCGGAGAAGCUCACAUCAGAGGAGUUGAGGAAUCUGGAAUCAUCUAUGUUAACACAUCAUUCACUUUGACCAAUAUUCGGGCUAAUUCAAGUUUUGUUGUUAAUCUACCAAUGAAGGGAGCCAUGAGAGUUACCGCAACCUCCACCAUCGCCCGAAUUGACUUGACAGUCCGAGCUCAAUACAAUCCUGCCAAAGGAACCCUUACACCUGAAGCAGUCCACAUUGACUCCUUUAGUGGCGUGGUAACUGUAGUUAAAGGAUUGGGUCCAUUCAACCCGAUCGUUGAAAAAAUGACAACAAUCACAGCUGACGUCUUGGAAAGGAUUAUCGCCAAAAUAUUGAACAUCACCAUUGAACAUACAAUCGAUGGACUAGUCAUCACCAUUCCCCAAGAGUAUUAAGAUAAACCAUUAGGAAAUCCGUUCAGCAGGUUCAUUUGGUGAGACUCAACAGCAUUCAUCUUAACACAGAUGCUAAUGUAAAUACAUCAUAACCAAUGGACCUAAUGAGAAACCUGAUCAAGUCUUUCAUUUUACAAUCUUUUACUCGACGACCAAUUUUACAUGGAAAUGAUUCCCUCUUAUUUUGUUUAUUACAGUUAAAAUAGUAACCUAAUCUAUUAUCAAGUUAAUCAAAUCUUUACAUUAUAAUUUAAAAGAAUUGUGACGAAAAAAACUCAUGACAAAUGACGUUCAUGAUUAAACUGUUGGUAAAUUUCAA